AUGGGCUCUGCCACGCUUUCACAUGCAAAGCUUUUGAACUGGUUGCUGUCGCUGUCGUGUCUGGUAUGCUGUUCUGCUGCUGCUUAUGUGGAUGAGCCCCACCUGAGCAAGAGUUUCUUGCCUCACUACGAACCUGAUCACGGGGGUGCUGUUGGCUCUUCACAAGAUACGAGGCUACAGGUUUUCACAGUGGACUAUGACUAUGUGCAAAUUCCUUAUGAAGUUACUCUUUGGAUCCUCCUUGCCUCUCUUGCAAAAAUAGGUUUCCAUCUCUAUCACCGAUUACCAAGACUCAUGCCCGAAAGCUGCAUCCUGAUUGCCAUUGGAGCACUAGUAGGAGCGAUCAUCUUUGCUUCUGAUCACAAAUCUCCACCAGUUAUGAACACAAGUAUUUACUUCUUGUAUCUUCUUCCACCCAUUAUCCUGGAGGAGGGUUAUUUCAUGCCAACUCGCCCAUUUUUUGAAAACUUUGGGUCCAUCCUGUGGUGGUCUGUGCUGGGAUCUCUGCUAAACUCGUUUGGGAUUGGCCUCUCCCUCUAUGGAAUCUGCCAGAUUGAAGCCUUCGGCCUGACCGACCUGAACCUGCUGCAGAACCUGCUCUUUGGCAGCAUGAUUUCAGCUGUGGAUCCUGUGGCAGCUCUGGCAGUUUUUGAAGAAGCCUCCGUUAAUGAGCAGCUUUACAUGAUGAUCUUUGGAGAGUCAUUACUAAACGAUGGCAUAACUGUGGUUUUAUAUAACAUCUUCAUCGCCUUCACCCAGAUGCACAGGUACGAAGAGAUCGAAUCCAUUGAUAUCUUUGCUGGCUUUGCUCGCUUCUUCGUGGUAGGGCUGGGUGGCAUGUUGUUUGGCAUCGUCUUUGGAUUUGUUUCGGCGCUCAUGACUCGAUUCACCCACAACGUUUCCGCUAUUGAACCCCUGCUGGUCUUCAUGUUCAGCUACCUGUCAUACUUGUCUGCUGAAACCCUUUACAUCUCAGGCAUUUUGGCGAUGACAGCAUGUGCAGUGACAAUGAAAAAAUACGUGGAAGAGAAUGUUUCCCAGAAUUCCUAUACCACAAUAAAAUAUUUCAUGAAGAUGCUGAGCAGCGUCAGCGAGACCCUGAUUUUCGUGUUCAUGGGAGUGUCUACAGUGGGGAAAAACCAUGAGUGGAACUGGGCCUUCAUUUGCUUCACUCUGAUCUUCUGCCUCAUUUGGCGGACACUGAGUGUAUUUGCUCUCUUCUACAUCAGUAACAAGUUCCGAACCUAUCCCUUCACCUUCAAAGACCAACUCAUUAUUUCCUACAGUGGCCUUCGAGGAGCCAGCAGCUUCUCUCUCGCAUUCUUGCUUCCAGCGAAGCUCUUCCCAAGAAAAAAAUUGUUCAUUACUGCUACACUUGUAGUUAUAUAUUUCACUGUAUUCAUCCAAGGAAUCACAAUUGGACCAUUGGUCAGAUAUCUAGAUGUUAAAAAGACCAACAAAAAGGAGUCUAUCAAUGAAGAAAUUCACGUGCGAUUGAUGGAUCACUUGAAGGCUGGUAUUGAAGACAUAUGUGGACAUUGGAGUCAUUAUCAGCUGAGAGAUAAAUUUAAGAAGUUUGACAAUAAGUAUUUGAAGAAAAUCUUAAUUCGGGAACAUCAGCCCAAAUCCAGCAUUGUGUCAUUGUACAAAAAGAUGGAGAUAAAACUGGCAAUCGAGAUGGCUGAGAGUGGCAUGAAAAUUUCAAAAUCAUCUGCAGCUUCUUUACAGAGGGGUAGAAAUCGGCGUGUACAUAGGCUCUCCCCCGCAGAGGUGGAGUCUAUGAGAGAUGUCCUGGCACAUAAUCUAUAUCAAGUGCGACAAAGGGCACCGACAUACAGCCGACACAACCUGCCCACCAACACAAAUGAGAAAGAAGCCCAAGAAAUCCUCAUCCGUCGGCAGCACAGCCUGAGGCAGAGUUGCAGGAAGGGAAACAGCUUACCCUGGGGUAGACUGGCUAGCACCACCGAAGUACGCUACCUCUCUUUGCCCCAGGGCCCCAGCCAGCCCAUGAGACGAAAGGCCAGGCGUGUAACUUUUACAGCCCCUAAAGCUGGUAGGAGCAGGUCUGACACACCCAAUGUAAUCAAAGCACCCUAG